AUGUCCAACUCCGCCAAAGCCGCUGUCGUGCCCCCCGCCCCCACCGCCGAAGAUAUCGCCCGAGCCAACGCCGGAUCCAAGGAAGAGCCCGUUUUCCAGGCUAAGAACUUUCUGUCCAAGUUCCGACUCGAUGGCAAGGUAGCCAUUGUGACUGGUGGAGCUCGAGGACUCGGAUUCUCCAUGGCCGAGGGUCUGUGUUCGGUCGGCCUCAAGGGCAUUGCCAUUCUGGAUGUGCAGCAGGACCUGGGUCUGGAUGCCAUUGAGAAGCUGCACAAGGCCUACGGAGUGCAGGCCCAGUUCUACAAGGCCGACGUCCGAGACGAGGAGUCCGUCAACGAGAUCAUCGACCGAGUUGUGCACGAUCUCGGGUCCGUCGACGUUGUGGUCAACUCCGCCGGUGUUGCUGACCUUGUUCACGCAGCUGAGUACCCCGCAGACAAGUUCCGACGAGUCAUCGACAUCAACCUUAACGGAUCCUUCUUGGUGACCCAGGCCGCCGCCCGACACAUGAUCAAGCAGGGCACCGGCGGAACCGUGGUGUUCAUCGCCUCCAUGUCCGGAUCCAUUGUCAACUGGCCCCAGCCUCAGAGCGCUUACAACGCCUCCAAGGCUGCCGUCAAGCACCUGUCUAAGUCGCUGGCCGCCGAGUGGGCCGUCCACAACAUCCGAUGCAACUCCAUCUCGCCUGGAUACAUGGAUACCGCUCUUAACCGAGCCUACAACACUCUGUUUGAGGAGUGGAAGGACCGAACCCCCCUCGGCCGACUCGGAGACCCCGACGAGCUCACCGGCGCCUGCAUCUACCUGGCUUCCGAUGCCUCUUCGUACGUGACCGGAUCCGACAUUAUCAUUGAUGGUGGUUACACUAUUAUUUAA